AUGCUUGUGUCAGCAGAACUUGACCACUUUUUACAGCAGGGAAACCUUAAGGCAGUUCUUUUGUUCCCGCCUGUCUCUAGCCGGCUGCGUUACCUUAUCCACCGGCUCACAGAGCCUUAUGGUGAACUUAGCAGCUUUUCCGUGGGUGAAGGGUGGCAGCGCCGCACUGUAAUAUGCUAUGCAGAGAUCAGGCUCCCACCAUCUCAGAGUGAAGAAUCCAGAAGCAAUGCAGCAGAUAAAAAUUACAGCCGAUUUUGGAGUGGCUCUUACAACAAAAAAGCACAGACUAGCAGAGGAAGGCAAAAGUGGAGGCAGAGAAAUAAUGCGAGACCAGACCGAGCACUGUAUGGAGCCAAGGGGAAGCCAUGGUGGAAAGUCAAAGAAGAACAGAGAAUGAAGGAAAGAGAAGAGAGCCAGACUAAAGAACCAGAAGUUAGAGCAUGUCACAGAUAUACAUAUCAUAAGGGUCAACUAGUGCAAGUGACAAAGAAAGAUAACAUGAAUGGACAGGGAAGCGUGGUGUUUGAGACGGGCAAAAUAGAAGCUUUGGACAUAGCAAAGGAGAGUUUGGUGGACCUUGAACCAGAACAGGGAUCCCAGGGCAACAAGUUACCAAAGGGGAGACUGAGUAGUCAAGAUGUGCCAGAAAAGAUGGACCGAGACAUGCCAGACGCACUGGAUACAGUUGAGCACAACACAAAGGAGGAAGGGCAAAAUGUGCCUGUUAGCGUCAUAGCAAAACCUCAAGAAGCUGAUGUCUCUUAUGAACAAGAGAAUCCAGAAACCACACGGAAGGACCACACAGAAGGAGGGCUGACCUCAAGUUGUCUGAAUGAGCUGUCAAAGAGCCUAGAGGGUCUGGAGGUCGGUGAGGAGAUACAGGAGAAGCAAGAUGAGGAUGAAAUAAAAAAUGCCUCAGGAGAGCUUAAUAACCUAGCGAAGAGAUCAGAAAACCAAAGAGUAGUAGAAAAGGAAGCGGAGAAUGAAGAAAAUCUAGAGAAGGUAUGGCAUGACCUGGAAGAGGAAAAAGUGAGUCCUGUGCCAGUGCAAAGAUCUCAGGAAAUGGAUAAAGGCAAUGUAGAAAAGACAUUGGAGAGUCACAUAGGAUCAUACAACAAAAUGGAGGACUAUGAAAUGAGGACAGAAGAUGUCAGAGGAAAAGAUAACAAUACAUCAGUUAUAGACUUAAUUUAUGAUACAGGUGAAUCUGAAAGAACUGAAGACUAUAGUGCAGCUAUCACAGAAACCGCUGUCUGUGGCAGAGUACCAGAAGAGGCAGUAACAGAAUCCAAACCUGACAAUAGAUGCAGUCCUUCAGUAGAGCACAAUGAUGGAAAUAAUGAAAGUGUAACUGGCAAUAACAAACUAGAAAUACCUAGUGUUUUUGUGGAGAUAGAAACAGCCAGUUUAGAAUCUGCCUCAAAUACUCUAUUAGAAAAUGUAUACUGUGCUCCCAAUGUAGAUAGUGGCAGUAGUACCAUUGAUGAAAAAGUACAAGAAGUGUCUGGUAGUAAUUUCACAGAGCCUACAAUGCCUGAAUCACAUUUGACAUCUGACAAAGCAGGGGAAGAAGACCAAAGUUUGAAAGAGCUUUCUAAAACUACUAGCAGCUGUAUGCAGACAGAAGUGGAAAAGUCAGAAGGUAAUGAUGAUCAGCAGAAGAUGCUUGAGCAAAUUAUGACUGAGAUCAUUGCCCAUGUAAGUGAGAAGAAUGUGCACAUCCAGCCUCUUUUGGCUGAUUUCUCAGAAUUUGCAGAAAUUCAGGUGGAUCAUGGGAGAUUUGGCCAUAUUAUUGAGGUGUAUGGCUUUUCCUCCACACUUGGCACUGAGGAUCUGAUGGAGCCAUUUCAGAAAUACAGAGACAGCGGUUUCCACCUGCAGUGGGUUGAUCAGUCGCAUGCCCUGGGAAUAUUUUCUAGUCCCAAGAAGGCAUAUGCUGCUUCCUGCAAGACUCACCCUGCUAUGAAGUUCCGCCCCUUGUCUCAGGGCAGCCGUCAAUCCAAAAUAUUGGCCUAUGAAAAAACGGCAUGUUUGCAGCCCUGCAAGGACAGACCCCAAACAGAUGCAUCUGUGGCAAAGAGAAUGGUGAACAGAGCACUGGGGCAACAGAAACAAGAGGCUGAUCAGUCUGUGAAGGAGUGA